UUUUUUCAAGGUGCAAACUGUAAUAAUCGUAACUUCAGCGGAACUAUAUAAAUUCCACGAUGCAUUCUUUUUCUCAAAAGUCUCCAUCGAAAAUCUCCAAGUUUUUUCUAUCGAAAAUUUCUCAAAAGGACUUUAUUGGGAUUGAUGGCAUCCAAGCUUCAGCAAUUGCAAUCUAAGGCUUGUCAAGCUUCACAGUUUCUCUCUAAGCAUGGUACCACCUACUACAAACAGCUGCUAGAGCAGAACAAACAGUAUAUUGUGGAGCCACCCACUGUCGAAAAAUGUAAUGAAUUGUCCAAACAGUUGCUCUACACUCGUCUUGCCAGCAUCCCCGGCCGUUAUGAGUCAUUUUGGAAGGAAGUCGACGCUGUCAAGCACAUUUGGAGGAAUAGAAAGGAAUUGAAGGUUGAAGACGCAGGCAUUGUUGCUUUGUUUGGCUUGGAGUGCUUUGCAUGGUAUUGCGCUGGUGAGAUAGUAGGAAGAGGAUUUACGUUCACUGGUUACUAUGUCUGAGAUAACAGUUUCUGAAAAUUUGUUUGGGCAAAUUGAACAACUGUAAGGUCUCUCUCUUUUUAUUAGGAUGAGUUGAGUAACAGGGAAUUCAUACAACAUUUUGUUUCCCGAGAGUUUUCGGAUCUGAGAAAAAUCCGUGUUUAAAAUUGUGCAAUAAUUUGCUCGUCUUCGCUCAUUUCAUUCUCACUUCAGUGGAGAGGCUAGACUGAACUUUGUAAAAGGUAACUUCCAUCUUUUGAGUGAUACUGCUGCCUAUGACGAUAA